AUGGAGAGUUUCUGUUUAAAUCAAAUACAGUGUCCUGCUGCAAAUCCUACCUCACGCCUCAAAGCGGCGCAGCGGUGGCCCUGGCCGUCGGGCAGCUAUGGUGGCGAGACUUCGUCUCGGCAGGUUCAACCAUGCCACAAAGGUGUCCGACUAGUAGCCCGCCUUGGGCCAAGGCUACAGGCUAGCUUGCUAGUGCGACAAGCCGACCGAGGACAACACCCCCGUCGCGUCAUACUGCUAAUGUCUACUAUGUGUUCUUCAGAAGCUAGGGCGUACCCCAGAAGCGACGCGCAUUGUCCUCGCCCGGGCAAUGUGGCAAAUAUGCGAGGGCUACCGGCUAGAGGACGAAGCCGGCCAAAGAAGUUAGUCCGCCAUCGCCAGCAACAUCCAGUGCGCUUGGCAACACUUAACGUUGGGACGCUUACUGGAAGAAGUCGUGAACUGGCAGACAGUCUCAGAAAACGCCGUGUUGACAUAUGUUGUGUACAGGAAACUCGCUGGAAAGGCUCCAAGGCAAGGGAAUUAGGCGAUGGCUACAAGCUGAUCUACCACGGCACAUCAAAUCGCAACGGCGUUGGUAUCAUAUUGAACGAGUCGUUUAGAAAUAGCGUCACAGCGGUGGAUCGACUAUCGGAUCGCUUGAUGGCUGUAAAAGUAGAUACAGGAGAAGUGGAAUUGCGAGUCGUAUCUGCUUAUGCGCCACAGAUGGGCUGUAGUGAAGAAGAGAAGGCGUGCUUUUGGGAAGAUCUGGAGCAGUCCGUCCAAUCCCUGGAAGGAGAAGAAGUACUUCUAAUCGGAGGAGACUUCAACGGACAUCGAUGUCGGUUCUCGGAAAGACGGGUUCGAGAGUUGUCAUGGUGGAUACGGUUUUGGAGCUCACAACGACGACGGGUUGCGAAUCCUGGAGUAUGCUGUUGCAAGUGA